AGUGGCAGCAGGGCCCACGGAGAGGGAGAGGACCUGGCUUCCACUAGCAGCAGGAAGGGACGGAUGGACAUCCAGGCUGUCUAGCUGCGCUCUAUGAAUCUUUGCAUACAACUAUCCCAGAAGUAAAAACAUAUUAAAAAGCCGAGCAGAGACAUCCAGCAGAGAGGUUGCUAGGAUGCAAGGGAAGGAUGGGCAGCCAUGUCCUGCCCUAAUCCAACACUGACAUAAAUUAUUGAAAAGAAAAUGGCACAGCGAAGCCCAAUCUUUCCGACACUUUCAGCCCCUACUGAAAGACGGAUUCGAAAUAUACCACUACACAGCCAAGCUUUGACCGCGGUCCCAUUAGCAUCUGCAAGUCUUGUGGAUCAGCUAGAAGACAGAAUUCUAAGCCAUGAGAAAACAACUGCUGCCCUUGUGGAACACGCUUUUCGCAUUAAGGAGGACAUUGUUUCCACUUUGCAUAGAAUGCAGAACAAAGGGGGAGGAGAUCGGUUGGCUAGGCAACUCUUAGAAGAACACAUCCGAAACAUAACGGCAAUAGUGAGGCAGCUUAACCGGGACAUUGAGACACUGCAGGAACAGAUACGUGUCAGGGAUAACCUCAGUUAUGGAACUAAUUCUACCUUAAAGAGCCUGGAAAUGCGUCAGUUGUCUGGUUUGGGAGAUCUUCGGGGGAGAGUUGCAAGGUGCGACGCCGGUUUAGCCAGAUUGUCUGCAGAGCACAAAAUUACGUAUGAAAGACUUCAAAGCCUAAGCAAAGACCAACAAGCUUCUAAAAUGAUCUUGGAAUCUAAAAUCAAAGAGGCAGAAAUACAGAUUUCUUACCUUCUGAGCAGAGUAGAGCAGUCAAUAAUGCAACAAGAAGCAAAACUGAAGAUUGCCUACAAAGAGAGCAACCAACAGCUCCACCUUCUGGAUGUUAAAUUAAAAGGUGCGGUAGAGGAACUCAGCAGCCAGAUAUUGUCUGCCCGCAGCUGGUUGGAACAGGAACAUGAACGGAUUGAAAAAGAGCUUUUACAGAAAAUUGAUCAGAUUUCCUUGGCCCUUAAGGAAAAGACCGCAAUGAGUGAAAGGGCCAUGGAGAUGAGAUUCAGCCAGAUGUCAGAGAAACUUGAUAAAAUAGAAGAAAUACAAAAAAUAACCGUGGAAGAACAUGGAACAAAGCAGGCUGAAGAGAAGAUAAAUAUUCGAAUCAGCAAGCUUCAGAUGGAGAUUAAUGAAGAUAUAAAAGAAAUGAAAGCUGAAGUUAAUGCUGGGUUUGCGGCUAUCUAUGAGAGCAUUGGGUCCCUACGGGAAGUUCUAGAAGCCAAAAUGAAACUUGACAGGGAUGAGCUACAGAAGCAGAUUCACCAAAUGAAGCAGGAAGUUCUGACAUAGGGAGAGGCGAGACCAUGACUGAUCACAAGAUUUAUUCAGAGAAAAGAGCAUUUAUGUGUCUAAAUAGGCUAUAGCCUCAUUCCAAUUUGUAAUUAAGUGCAUGUACCAAAUAACAUGCUUCUGUUCCACAGGUGUGUAUGUUUACUGUAAGCGGUAAAUGCAAGUUUUGAAUAGCUAAGUUGAUAAAUAAUUUUUAGAGAGCAAAGUCCUAGCUCACCAUUGUCUUACUUCAGUUGAUUUCAGUGGAGUUACAGCUGUUUAAAAGUGGAGUAACACAUUGGUGAAUGUGAUGCCAAAUUUGUUAAAGGCGCCACAGUGCUGCCUCCACUUUGGUGGGUUUUGAAAUAUUAUCACUUGUACCCAUAGUUAAUUGCUCUGUUUAAAAGUCAAGCCUUAACAGGUCAAUAUCACUUUGCAAUUCACUACCUUGCCAGAUCUUUCUCCCAUUGAAGUCACUGGAAAUAUUCCCAUUAACUUCACUGGGAGCAGAACCGGCUUCUAACCAGUUUUUAAAAUCCAAAUACCAUCAUAAAUGACACCUUUGCUUCGUUUAAAAAAAUAUUGUGUGUGUGUGCGUGCGUGCGUGAAUGUUAACUAUAUAGUAUUAUAUUUUGUAGUUGUAGGCUAAGAAUAAUCCAUUUGAGCAACACAAGCAACUUAACAUGUCGUUCGAAGUCCUUAGAUAUUGUGAUCUUUCUAAUUAAUAUCUACGUAGAGCUGAGAUGGGGGUGAAGGAUAAUGUAUACAAUAUUUUGUUGUAAGUUUUAAUAUCAGUUGUGUUCUUGUGCAUUGUUUCAUUAUGUCAGUGUAAACUUUGAGGGUUUUGCUGUCAGUGGAGAAAGUGAUUAUUCAAAUAAUUCUGGAGAACAUGAUGUAAAAAUAAGAUGCAUUUUGAUGUAUCUUAAACUGUUUUAUGAUCUGCCAGGAAUUUUUAUUGCUGAUGUAAGACAACUGACUCUUCAAAUUUAAUUUAUUUAGGUAGGUUUUAAUAAUUGAGCAUGGAUAAGUAGAUUUGAAUUAGUAUUGCAUUUACAAAAUUUCCAAAGAAUAUUUUCAUCUCUUAAUGUACUUUAUAUUACACGGGUGCUUAUUUCAAUUUCCAUAAUAGAUUACACAAUGAAAAUUAGCACCAGCACUGUGUGUAGUAAUCUAGAUGGGAAAACAAAUAUUUUAUAUAUUCAUUCAGGGCCUAAUCCUGCUCCCGUUAUCGUCAAGUGGUGCAGGAUCAAGCCAUCACUCAGAAUAUAAGGCCUGAUCCAAAAUCCAUUGAAGUCAAUAGGAGUCUGCAAUGGCUUCAAUGGGCUUUUGCCCAGGCCCAUAUUGCCAAAUGCUGGUGCCAUUGAACUGUCAGUGGCAAACUCCCAAUGACUUCUAUGGGCCAAAGGUGUGGAACAAAUAGUGCAACAGUUAAGGCCCCAAUCCUGCAAGGUCUUAAAACCCAUUGAUUUCCGUAGGACAAUGCAGUGUGUAACAUUAAGCAAAUGCAAAGUCUUUGCUGGAUCAAGGGCUAAAUUAGCAUUUGCUGCCAAUAUAGCCCAAAGUGUGUUUAACAUAUUAUAGAACUUACUUUAAAACUUUACAGCUUUGAUUUCCAAUGCUCUCUAAUGGCAAAAAUGACACUUUUAGUCCCACUUUGUAUCUCCCACUUGGCCACCUGCUGUGAAGUAUAAUUAAAAUGGCAGCUAGAGAUGAGAUUCCUGUUCACUGGAAGGAGAUAGUUAAAACAUUUACAGGUAUUUCUUAAAAGUUGUUUUUAAAAUUCCUUUUCUUGAUGUCUGUAUACCUAUCUGGUAAAUAUUUAGCCAUAUGUGGUGGAGAAGAAAUCAUUGGCGUUUUGUAACCCUCUUCCCCCCGCCUCCCCACAAAAGAGAUUUUUCUCCUAUAAUAGCAAAUCUGUAACAAAGUGAAUCUUACAGGAAAUGAA